GCCCUGUGGUCCUUAGAGAGUCACUUAGUCAGUGGUUUGGGUAGGUCUACGUGGUGAGGAGUGGGACAUUGUCGUGCACCUGAACACCAUGGACGACUACCCCAUGUACGGUUUGCUUGUGGGGUUCUCCCUCUGGGGGACCCUUGGCGUCUCAUUUUUCAUUUGGGAUUCUGGAACACAUUUUCGUGUAGGGUAGAGACCAAGGGUGGUACGACCACCCACCCCUACACACCUGAGGAAGAGGCCAAGGCCGCCACGAUCCUGAAGGAGAGAGAGAGAAGAAGGAGGCCAAGAAGAAGGCCUUGUUGGAGGCGCAUGCAGCGAAGUUGAAGAAGAAUGAGGAGGAGAUGGCCAGAGAGAAGGAGAGGCUGAAGAAAGAAGAAAAAGCGAAGUUAAAGGAAGUUGAAGAGGAAGAAGAAGUAGAAGAGGAGCCACUGGAGUGAGGAAGAAGAGGGAACAGAGGGGAGUCCAGUGAGACGAAGGAAGAUAUGAUGGAGAAGAAAAUCUCGGAGUGGGUCGCAGGACUAACCCUGGGAGAAGAUGAGGAGGCGUUAAUGUAUGUGCCCAGGGAGGAGCAGGAGGCGGCCAUGCGAGAGUGGGAAGCUGAUGGAGACCCGCUCAGGCGGCAAGUGCUAGAAGAUGAGAAAAGGAUGGAGUGGAAGUUCCGCCCCACUACGGAGAGGAAGAGGAGAAUGGAGGCAGCAACAGAGGCGGCGAAAGAGUUGGAAGAGAUUGGGAAGCAGAGGGCUCAGAUGGCGGUCCAAGUAGAUCUAUUGGGAAAGGUAGAGAUCCUGGCCAGGAACGUGGAACGCCUGCCAAAGGUCCAGGAGGAGCAACUUUUAUUUGGUAGAGGCCAGGACAUUGUCGUGCGUUCCAUACGGCCGGGACUUCGGGACUUUGCUCGGGAAUUGGCAAUGCAGGUGGGCUCGCAUGUGACAGCCCGCCUCGAGGGCAGUGAACGAUACUGUGUUGGUACCAUUGAGGGCGCCAAGCUGACCGCCCCAAAGGAAGAAGAAGCACGCCCCCGGAGGUCGGACAAGGUUAAGUUUCCUGAUUCCUAUAGCGGGAAGAAGGAAAAAAACUUUGACAAUUGGGAGGCGAACGUUAAAACGUACGUGCACCUGCAGAAGGUGUCCCCCGAUGACCAGGUCCUAAUCGCCAUCCAUGCGUUGAAGGAAGAAGCCGCCAGUUUUGCACGCUCCUUAGUCCGCGCUGCUAAUUGCAGCAACGAUGUGGUUGCCUACUCUGCUUUCACCCCCCUCGCUGACUUUCUUAAGUUGCUGCGCAAACGAUUUGCAGAUGUCUCGCGCAGCGUCAGAGCCUGUGACCGAUUGUGGAGGAGUGCCAAGGCACUCAAGGGAGUAAUGGACGAGUUAGUGGCUACCCCUGACCAUGGAGUCACAAAGACCCAACUGGUCAACCUCUUCUACCGGGCUAUGCCCGAGUCAGGCCGGACUGGCGCCUUAGUGGAUAGUGGAGCCACUCGCAGCUAUAUCAGUAGGAAGGCGCUGCAGAAGUUGAAGUUGCAGUUAAAAGUCCAAAGAUUAGCAGACCCCAUAGUAAGUAUCCUCGCGGACAAUCGCACCAUGCGAGUGGAAGAGUACGUAGAGGGAGUCCAGCUGUAUUUCCGCCUAGAACAGGACGGGAAGGUGGAGAAAGUUCUUCAUUCCCUGACUCUCCUCGUAGAGGAUAGCCUCCCGUUUGACAUAGUCCUAGGUAUGGACUGGGGGGGACUCCAUUUGAGGGAGCACGAGUGGAGGCUCCCUAGCCCAUCAGGUGGCGUCAAGACUGCCCGUCUGUUUCAUGUGUCAGGAGUAGACAGCUCUCUGUCACAUUGCUGCCUUAGCGUUCUUGCGUUCGCAAGGCUAGUGAAAAAGGAGCAGCUAGAGGAACAGGAUUUUGUAGCCUAUGUUAGGCCAGUCACUGAGCCUAAGGAAGAGAAACCGAUAGACCCCGCUAUUGCCAAACUGCUGGAAGAGUUCACAGACUUAGCAAAGCCGCCGAUAGGAGUAGUGUCGCGGCUUAUCCAGCACCGCAUUGAGAUGGAGCCUGGCAGUAGGACCCCCAAGGGAGCAGUGUAUAGGAUGUCCCCGCGGGAGUUAGAGGAGCUGCGUAAGCAAUUAGACGAGCUCCUAGAGAAGGGUUGGAUUAGGCCCAGUUCGUCUCCAUUUGGAGCACCUGUUAUGUCUAUCCCCAAGAAGGAGGGAGAGCUUAGGAUGUGUAUAGACUACAGGGGUCUGAAUGCUAUCACAGUAAAGAAUGUUGAGCCACUGCCUAGGAUAGAUGAUCUUCUGGAUCGAGUGCAGGGGUGCAGAUUGCUCAGGAAAGAGACCAGCAGGAAGUGGGACAAGGACUGCACGUCUGCUAUGAAGAAGUUGAAGCAGGCACUGAUAGAGUAUCCAGUCCUUAAGGUGGCCGAUCCGUCCUUACCCUUUGCCGUCACGACGGACACUAGUCAGUACGGCAAAGGUGCUGUUUUGCAGCAAGACGAUGGCAAUGGUUAUAGGCGCGUAGAGUUCAUGUCUGUUAGGAUGCCUUCAGAGAAGGUUGCAACAUCUACCUAUGAGAGGGAACUCUACGCUCUCAGGCAAGCGCUAGAACACUGGAAGCACUACUUGCUUGGGAGGCAUUUCAAAGUCUAUUCUGACCACGAAACGUUGCGAUGGUUAAAGACGCAGGCCAAGAUGACACCUAAGCUUACUAGGUGGGCCGCAGAAAUAGACCAAUACGAUUUUGAGCUCAGGCCAGUUAAGGGUAAAUAUAAUGUAGUUGGGGACGCUCUGAGUAGGAGAGCUGACUGGACAUAGGGAGAGACCUGCAGGAAAGAGUUAAAGAAGCAUAUGCGCAGGACCCUAUUUAUAGUGACCUCUUCAAGCGAGUAAAGGAGGCCCCAGAGA